GUUCUGCAGCUCCUCCUCUCUGCAGAGCAAAGUGAGAUCUCCAUUCAAACACAUCCCAAAAAAAAAAACUCCGCAGGAUGAGACUAAAUUCUCUGCUAUUCCGCCGCUGAUCAUCACUUCGCUCCGUCCAAAGGAAAAGUGACAGUGGAAACCGAAUCGAUUUCAAUCGUUUAAAGAGACGUAAAAUAGCUAAAUAAAAGCGGAUAAGAAUUUCCGCUCGGUGAUACCGACUGGUGGUUGCUAUAGCGGGCUACUCCAACAGACUGCAAACAUGGCGAGCGCCUCGUACCAUAUCUCUAAUCUAUUGGAAAAAAUGACAUCAAGCGACAAGGAUUUCAGAUUCAUGGCCACCAACGACCUGAUGUCGGAGCUGCAGAAAGACUCCAUCAAGCUGGACGAUGACAGUGAACGCAAGGUGGUCAAGAUGAUCCUCAAGCUACUGGAAGACAAAAACGGAGAGGUCCAGAAUCUGGCCGUCAAAUGCCUGGGCCCGUUGGUCAGUAAGGUGAAGGAGUACUAG